UCCGAAAUUGUGACAUUUCCUCAACCAGAAGAGGUUCGUUAUAAAAUAGCAUUUAUUACAAGGACUAGUUGUUCUGCGAUUUCUACAGACAAGAUAUUGACGGUGGAAGAUACCUGCAGGAGAGUCUGAACAUAACCCUGUUGAUAUUUGAAUGCACCUGUGCUGUGAGGUCAUAAUGUUCCCUUGGUGGCUCUUGGGUUUCCUAGCCCUCUGCCCUGGGUCGCUCUGCACAAACCCUGGUAUCAUUGUGAGGAUCACACAGAAUGGACUGGCGUAUGGGUGGCAGAUAGGCAUGGUUGGUUUGCAGCAGAAUUUGAAGUCCAUUAAAAUCCCUGACAUGUCGGGGAUGGAGAAAGUGCCGCUAAUUGACAACGUGAAGUACAGCUUGACAGAGAUGCAGAUUGUAAGUGUCAAUCUUCCCCAGUCAGCAGUCAGGCUAUCUCCAGGCACUGGGGUUGUCUUAUCUAUAGGCAAUGCCUACAUUAGGAUCAAGGGGAACUGGCAAGUAAAAUAUCAAACGGUCAUUAAAGACAACGGCUCCUUCGAUCUGUCAGUUAGUGGCCUGACAGUUUCGGCAGGUAUUGGAUUGUCCUGUGACGAGACGAGACGUCCCACAGUGUCGAGUGCCAGCUGCUCUACCAGCAUCAAAGAAGUGAAAAUCAAGUUCCAUAGCCAGUCAAGCUGGAUGUACAACCUGUUCUCAAAUUUAAUUGAGAAAUCCCUUCACAAAGCAUUCAGUGACAAGAUUUGUCCCUUGGUCUCUGAUGCUAUCAGUGGACUUAAUCCUCAGCUGAAAACUUUAAAUGUGCUGGCGAAGGUUGAUCGGUACUCAGAAGUUGAAUAUUCCUUGGUUUCUCCCCCUGUGAUCACAAAGAACUACAUUGACUUGGACUUGAAGGGUGAGUUCUAUAACAUCGGGCAGCACCGUGAACCCCCCUUCACCGCGCCCCCCUUCUCCCUCCCCGAGCAGGCCAGCAGGAUGCUGUACGUCGGGGUGUCUGAGUUCACUCUGAAUUCUGCUGGCUUUGUAUACUACAGCGCAGGAGCGCUCCACAUCAACGUUACAGAUGACAUGAUUCCAGAAUCAUCCCCUCUUAGACUGAACACCCAAACAUUUGGAAUUUUCAUCCCUCAGAUUGCGCAAUCCUAUCCUACCAUGUCAGUGAAGCUCACUGUACAAGCCACCAAACAGCCACAUGUAACCAUGCAGCCCGGCAACAUCACAGUUGAGGUGAUGGGAUCCUUCUCUGUCUACGUCAUCAAACCCGACUCCACCCUAGCGCCCCUCUUCAUUUUUGAUAUAGAAGCCAGCACCAGUGCCAACCUGCUUAUUUCAGGGAAGAAACUGGUUGGAUCUGUAACUCUGAACAGAGUGGAAUUGUUCUUGCAGAAGAGCUACGUGGGGCCUUUCCAGAUUCAUUCCCUGCAGACUGUGCUUCAGCAGGCUUUGAAAUCUGUGGUGCUGCCCAAGGUUAAUGAGCUCCUGAAAGAAGGAUUCCCUCUCCCUGCCAUUAAAAAGAUUAACCUCGUUAAUACUCAGAUCCAGAUUCUCAAGGACUAUGUACUGAUCGAGACAGACGUUGACAUCACAGGAGGUCCAGCCAAGUCCAGAGUGCAUCCAGAUGAAGCCUUCAGGGUGGUGAGGCUGAGAGAAACGCCCCUCAGGCUCUGAGAGCUGGCUGACGUGACCUGAAAGAGAUCCACAGUGACUACCCCUUCCUGGACAGGAACGCCACAGCACUGCUGUGCCACUGAAAGAUGCGCUGUACUUGAAUCGUAGAAUUUGUCUUUGUUUGUAUUAAAAGCAGACAUCAUCUUUUUAAACUGCUUUUGAUCCAUAACUUCAGAACCCAUAACUUCGGAAGAGUUUGGCUAGCGCCUUUUUAAAACGCUUGUCUACUUGACUUGGUUUCUUAUAGUCUUCCCUUUAGAUUUCUUUAUGACAACUAAGACUUGAACAAUCUUUAUGUAAAGUUUUUAAAUGUGCUGUUAUUAAAAAAAACCUGACGACGGGUGUCAUAAACUCUGA